AUGAAGAAACCAGAUUUUUUUGAUACUACAAUUGGGCACCCAUUCUCCUCGCACCAUCCCUGUCCCUUGGCAGCAGUUGACAGAUCACCGAAUGCGGGGCAGCUUGAAUCCCGCAACCGUCCCGAACCCAUACUUAGCCAAGUGUUGACCUUUUACCUUCGAAGGAAGCCGGUCCCUACAAGCUACCAGCUAAGCUACACUCUCACAUUUCACCUCUCACCCAACCCCGCAACAGUCAUGGACGACCUCGAAGACAUCACCGAAACGCGCCUUCGCGCAGCCCUCAACCUAGGCGAAACACUCCCCGAAAUCUGGAACCGAGCUGUCGAGACCGUGCGAGUACAACGCCAAGAUGAGGUGCGCGGGUUGAUGAAAGACGUGAUGAUACUGCAAGAGCAGCUCAACGGCGCAUGCAUCGCUCUUCAACACCGUGAUAUGGAGAUCUACAAGAGGGACAAAGCGUUGGAGGAGGGAAUGAAUCGCGAGAAGGCGCUGCAGAAGAGGGUCCGCGAUGCCGAUGCGCAGAUGAAGAAAGAGAAACGGCCACGUCCGUCGAAGCCGCCCAGACAUCUGAAUGAGCUGGAAGUCCUCCUUGCGGAUCUGGAUGAGCAUAUGAAUAAGCUGAGGAAUAAGGGUGGCGAGGCACAGCCAGACGCAAUGGAGAUGGCCCUCAUCCCGCGCACUGAGAAGGGUGGUGAUGCGUUCCUUUACCUUGCUGAAGCUCUUCGGACUAGUGAUGAAGCUCAGGGCAAAAUCGCUCAGCUUCAGGCUGAUAGGGAGAAAGAUAAGACGAGGAUUGAUCAUCUUGAACGGCAACUGGCGCAGGCUAUACAGGACGCGAAGGACGCUGAUCAGGAUGCGGAAGAUGCUGAGGCGAUGGCUCGCAGUGAGAGACAUCGGAGACGGGAGGCUGAAAGUCUCUUGAAGCGGAGGGGAAGGAGAUAAACGCAUCAGUCAUUACUUCUCACGGCCGAAGAUUGUUCCCUGCCUAAAUCGAAUACGUCCGCAAGUCCUCGAAGCGGACGCGAUAUUUGGAGACGAAGUACUUUACGAACUCACGAUUUUCCUACGCUGCUCAUCUCAGUUACUGCAUUGCUUACUCUUCUUGUCUUUAAUCUUGUUGUUGAGCGUCAUGGAAUUUCAACUCCCCUGGGACAUAAGAUCGAUAAAUUGUCGAAAAGCAUUUUCAUGUCUGUUGCGAGUUUAUUGCAUAUACGCUGGCGCCGACUCUGAAUGGGUUUCUUGAUUGAAG